AUGCUGACGGUCUCAGUGGUCUUUGCAUCUGUCCUAAUUUGCAGCCAGGCAAUUGACAGUUUAGAAACUGCCAAUGCGCAACACCUCAAUGAAUUGUCGUGCAUCCUGUUUGGUGGAGAAUUCUGCAAUAAUCGCACUAUCGAGACUACUGCAACAAGUGAUAAUUUAGCUGGUAAGGUUAAAUUACCAAAGAUGUUAUUAGUUGAUCGAACCACUAAAAAACGUGUACCAGCGCAUUUACCAAACAAAAUUCAUGAUUUCAAAAACAUUUUUAUCAAAUUCAGUGGCUUACUAGUCAAAUGUUUAUUAACACUGGGGAACUUUUUUCAGUCUAAACACUUUAUUCGAUCAUCUCGAGAAUAUGGCAAUGUUGUUCGCGUUGAAGCCUAUGUGGAAGCGCAGUGUGGAGAUUCCACUCGGUUUACUCGGCGUCAGCUGUGGCCAGUGUACGAAAAAUUUGCUAAGACGAAGAGAUUUGAUGUAUCCGUUAUUGUAUUUGGCAAAGCCAGUUGUCAACCAGUAGCCGACGAUUAUAGCUGUCGUUGUCAGCAUGGCCAACGAGAAUGCGAUUUAAAUCAGUUGAUGAACUGUGUGCAAGAUUUCUACAAUAACGACGCACUCAAAUAUCUCCCAGUGUUUGCUUGUAUUCAAGGCAAAACUGAUCUAGAUUAUGCUAAAGAUUACUGCAUAGCGACCAAUCCGGAGUUACCGCUUGAAACAAUUAUUAAAUGUGCUACUGGUCGUCGUGGUCGGUUUUUGUUGGCAUUAGCUGGUAAGAAAACAGCAAAGCUGGAUCCGCCUUUGAACAACGUUCCGUUGUUGUAUUUAGAUGGAGAAAAAUCUAUUGAUGCUUUCUAUAACUUAGAGGAAGCAGUUUGCAAUAAGAUGCAGCCAAAACCAGCAGAAUGUGCUAAGUAA